AUGAAAUUAUUUAAGAAUAUCAUUUUCCCAAGGUUUGGUGUUCCCAAGGCAGUGAUUAGUGACAAUGGCUCACAUUUUGUGCAUAAUGCUUUUCGAAAGAUGUUGAAGAAGCAUGGGGUUCAUCAAUGUUUUGGCCAUCCUUAUCAUCCUCAAACAAGUGGUCAAGUUGAGGUGUCAAUGGAGUUGAUUCUUGAGAAGACGAUUGCUAUAAAUAGAAAAUAUUGGGUGGACAAACUUGAUAAUGCCUUGUGGGCAUAUCGAACGACAUUUAAGACCCCUAUUGGCACCACUCCAUAUCAUCUUGUAUAUGGAAAGUCUUUCCAUCUUCUAAUGGAACUUGAACACCGUGGUCUUUGGGAGAUCAAGAAAAAUCAAAUUUGA